UGACGUCUGUUGCCGCCAAACCUUAAACAACAAGGAGCCCUCCGCUCACUGCAGCAGCUGCACCAGCUUCAUCUAAGAAGGAAGACUUAACUAUAUUUGCUGGAAAAUGCCUUUUACUUCAAAGAGGCCCUGCCCCGAUGUAAUGAACGACUCAAUGGAGAAAAGGAUAAAGCGGAUAUCAGUCGAGGGAAAUAUUGCGGCGGGCAAAUCUACCUUUGUGCGCCUUUUGGAGCAGGAGAGCAGCGACUGGGAGGUGGUACCAGAGCCAAUCGCCAGAUGGUGCAAUGUCCAAACAAAAGGCAGUGACUUCGAGGAGCUGACCACAUCUCAGAGGAGUGGAGGGAACAUAUUGCAGAUGAUGUAUGAGAAACCGGAGAGGUGGGCCUACACUUUCCAGAGCUACGCCUGUAUCAGCCGGGUGCGUGCUCAGAUCCGUUCGGCCAAUGGGAAGCUCCAAGAGGCUGAGAAUCCUGUGCAGUUCUUCGAGCGGUCCAUCUACAGUGACAGGUACAUCUUUGCAGCCAACCUCUAUGAGAGUGAGUGCCUGAGUGACACAGAAUGGUCGGUCUACCAGGACUGGCAUGGCUGGCUGCACAGUCAGUUUGGCAAGCACAUUGAGCUGGACGGUAUCAUCUACCUCAGAGCUUCACCGGAGAGCUGUUUAGAGCGGUUGCACCUGAGAGGCAGGGAAGAAGAGCAAGACAUCCCUCUGGAGUAUCUGGAGAAGCUCCACUUUAAGCAUGAGAGCUGGCUGCAGCACAAGACUAUGACCAUGGAGUUUGAUUAUCUCAGGAAUGUGCCAGUCUUGUCCAUAGAUGUGAAUGAAGACUUUAAGGGGAAUGAAAUCAAGAGUGCUGACAUGAUUGAGAAGGUGAAAGAGUUCUUGAGCACGUUGUAAAGAUCAAUUGUUGAUGGAAUAUAUAGCCUAUGCGCAAAGGAAGUGAGUGUUGCUUUUUAAACCACAAACUGACACAACAAUGACAAUUAUUUUUCUAUACAUUAAAAAUGGUCCGACCUCUGGCAAUUUUUAAAAAA